AUGACCGAAACUGUCAUGAGUCCUGAAACCCGUCUGGAAAGACAAGUUAAGCUUUUUUGGGAGCUGGAAAGUUGGGACACAGGAGCCUUGCAGUCAGCAGCUCAUUCACUUGAGGACAAAAGAGUGUUGAGGCUAUGGUCAGAGACAGGCAUCAAAACUAAUGGUCAUUACCAAUUUCCCAUACCGUUCCGUAAUGAGAACACGGAACUCCCAAACAACAAGGCCGUGGCGGAGCGUCGACUAGAUGGGCUUCGAAGGAGACUAUCCAAGGACACACGGCUGCGACAAGGAUACGUAGAGGAAAUAAAUAAACUGCUUGCUGAAGGAUAUGCUGAAUUAGUGCCUAAGUGCCAGUUGGAGUCAGAUACUGGACUGGUCUGGUAUCUGCCUCAUCACCCGGUGUUGAACCCAAAUAGGUCAAACAAAGUACCCAUAGUUUUUGACUGUGUAGCCAAACACAAAAGGACAUCGCUGAACGACCAGGUACUACAAGGUUCAGACUUCAACAACAAAUUACUUGGAGUCCUGUUUAGGUUUCGCAAAGGAACUACAGCCAUCAUGGCAGAUGUGGAGGUUAUAUACCAUCAAAUCUAUGUAGUGCCAGAACAUCGAGAUGCGUUAAGAUUCCUCUGGUGGGAGAAUGGGGACCUGAGUAGAGAGCCAGUAACUUACAGGAUGAAGGUGCACAUCUUUGGUGGGGUGUGGAGCCCUUCAUGUGCAACUUACGCUCUCCGGCGCACAUUCCAAGACCACAGAUCCGAGUUUCCCGACAUGGUGGCGCAAGCGGAAGUCAACUUCUACGUUGACGACCUGCUCAUGUCGCUGGACUCAUCAAAUGAAGCAUCAAUGUUAGUGUGUCAGCUUCGAAGACUGUUGGCGUGUGGAGGAUUUCGGUUAACUAAGUGGGCCAGUAAUCACAAAGGAGUGUUGGCUACCAUCCCACCGGAGGAGAGGCAAAAUGCACUGAAGGAAAUUGAUCUGAGGCAAGACAAAUUGCCAAUGGAGCGAGCCCUGGGGGUUAGGUGGCUCCUGGAAGGUGAUCAGCUCGCCAUCAAGGUGCAACCAAACUCAAAGCCAGCGACCAGGAGAGGAGUACUAAGCCUGGUCAGUUCUAUUUAUAACCCACUGGCAUGUGCUAAAGAAAUCAUCUCAGCACAGUUGCACACCUUCUGCGAUGCAUCGCAGGCUGCUUACGGUGCGGUGACCUAUCUGAGAAUGGUAGACUCUGGCGGAAGUAUCCAGUGCUCUUUCGUCUACGGACGGGCCAAGCUGGCCCCACUCAAGCAACUGACAAUACCAAGGCUGGAACUUUGUGUAGCUGUCGUGGCAGUGAACGCUGAUCGAACAAUUCGCCGAGAAAUGACCAUGACCAUACACGAAUUCUAUUUUUGGACGGAUAGCAUGCUAGUUUUGCAGUACAUCGCCAAUUCGAGCAGACGAUUUCAAACGUUUGUAGCCAACAGGAUAGCAGUCAUACAAGAGCUGUCAAGAACUGACCAGUGGAGACAUGUCGGCACAUCGCUGAACCCAGCAGAUAAUGCAACUAGGGGAUUACCUGUCGUGGACCUGGUUGCAGGAUCUCGGUGGAUACGAGGUCCUGACUUUCUACUCAGUGUUGAAGAACGGUGGCCAAAGGGAAAGGAACUGCCAGCAGUUUUGAACGACUUACUGGAGGUGAAUCGAGAAGUACACCAGAGAUCUGUAGUUGCUCUGGCAGUGAGCGAGCAGUCAAAGUGGUCCCUCGCCAAACUGUGGCUCAGUACAAGGACCGCAGACCUGCGCCUCAAACUGAAGAGGCUAAGCACUGAGGAACUACAGUCGGCUAAGCAGACAAUUAUAAAAUUGGUGCAGAAAGAGGUUUAUGAGAAAGAAAUCCAAACUGUCAUAAAGGGUGAGCUGCCGAAGGAAAAUAAGCCACAUAAACUGGAACCUUACUUGGACGAGCGAACGUUGCUCAGAUCAAAGGGAAGAAUUAAGGGAACCCUUCUUGGGCGAAGUGAAGUCUUGGCCUCAUUAGACGCAGAUGCCUUCCUCAACGCAAUAACAAGGUUCUCACGACGCAGAGGUACACCAGAGCGUAUUAGGUCGGAUAAUGGGACAAACAUGGUACGGGCAGCCAAAGAGCUCAAACUGGCAGUGAAAAGUUAG